AUGGGAAAAGUUAACUUUGAAGCUAGUACGAUAUAUUUGCGAUUAGUCCGUUGUACGCUUUCGACUUAUAUGGAUAUCAAAAAGAUCAUGCAGGCGAUCGAUUUCGCUCGGGCAUCAAACAUAAUAACUUGGAACAGACGGUUUUUAAUUAUUUUGGGAUUAUGGCCACUUAAAAUGAAUCAAUCUUUAUUCAUAUUCUUCAGUAUUUACAUGAUAAUUUAUUGCAUUAUGGGAGUAAACCAUUUGAUCAAAUAUUUUAAUCAACCGGAACGCAUUGUUGCGAAUUUAACGGAUAACGUUCUUUUUACAAUGAUACUGGGAAAAAUGUUCAUAUGCAGAAGAAGUUGCAAAAUAAUGGCCAAGUUUUUAAAAGCUAUCGAAAAUGAUUUCUUGACAGAAACUUAUAACAGCAUUCAAGAAAAAAUGGCGUAUUUAUAUUAUAAUCACAUGGCGCUAAUAUUUACGAAAGUUUCCAUAAGUUUGUCAGGAUUUGCGGCUGUAUUAUAUUACUUCAGAACAUUUUUUGAUAAUUGGAAUGCAAUGAUAUCCGGCAAUUUUUCGUAUGAGUUACCAUACCCGAUUCAUCCCUUCUUCGAGAUCAAGGAUAUGCGCAUUUAUUUAUGCAUUUGUGUGUACUUGCUACUGGCCCUGCUACUUAUAAUAUGCGGUUAUGCUGGACCAGAUGCUUUCGUACUCAGUAUGACACUUCAUAUUUGUGGUCAAUUUGCUGCAUUAUCAUACAAAAUUGAUAAUUUGUUAAAAGAUCGUGAAAAUUAUCAUCGUCAUAUUACUAGCAUCGUAGUAAGACAUCACCUUCUAAUAACAUUAGCAGAGAUUUUGGAAAAUAAUUUUAAUAUGAUAUUUCUUCAGCAAAGUUUGGGAACUGUUUUCUUGCUCUGUUUAACUUCGUAUCAUAUAAUUGCGAAUUCAGAAUAUGGCGAAAAAACUAACGUUAUAGCUUUCAUAUUAUAUAUUUUGUAUAUAUGUUGUGUACUUUGUACAAUUCUCGCUUAUUGUUAUAUAGGAGAAUGUCUCAUCACCGAGUUAUUGCUCAAGCAAAGCCAAAAUCUUUUGGAAACAGAAACAGAAAAAGACAGAAAGGAAUUUAAUGCAAAGAAAAAAAUACGAAUGAUGAUUAGUGAAAUGUCAAAGGUGUUGGAUCGGCAACAAUUGAGAAAAAUGUUGAUGGUGUCUGGUAAACAACAACAAUAA